GUUACUGUUCAAUAUGAAUGUUUCGUCAUGAAGUUGACUGAAAUGUAAUUUGUAAAAGGUUUUUGCGUUAACACAAAACCUAAUAAAUUUUUUAAAGAUAUGCUUUGGAGUAUUAAAAAAACAUAUUAUUAAAGGUGCAGUGCAAUAACAAGGAAACAUUAUCGCGAAUUAUAUUUAGGUUCUGUGCUUAAAAUAACUUUCUAACUGUUGUUGCAUGGCUCCGACUGAGUUCUGGUGAAAAUUUUCAACGUAAGGUAAGUUUUGUUAAACAUAGAGUGCUAAAAGAAGGGACUGUUUACAACGAGUUCUGCGGCCUGCCAGCAGAAAAAACUUAUUUUUGUGACUGUAAUAUGUCUGAAGCUAUAGCUGCACCACUAAUACCUCAACUGCAAGAGAUGCAGCAACAACAACAACAUAAUGGCGUUAAUACUAAUGCUACGAACCCUCAGCAAUGGUAUUCCAAUCCUUGGUAUGCUAAUCAACAAUACCAACAACAAUAUAGUCAAUAUUAUCAAUACUACAUGCGAUAUGGAUUACAACAACAGCAGCAGUCUCAACAAAACAAUAAUGCACCUCCUGGCUUUAGUAAUUUGGUAAGUCAACAUACCGAUAAAAGUUUGCCACCAUUACCAUCUGGUCCACCGCCUCCACCGCCAAUAACCCCUGGUAACAAUCAGUUGCAAGGUAAUCAAAAGGGUUUUGGUGGAAUACGUUUCAACUUGAAUCAACAGAAGCGUUUAGCGAAUGCUCCCAAUCCUUUACAAAAUUCAAGUUCCCCGAUGAAUACUUCAACUUUCCAAAAUAAUGCGGCUAACAGCGGUGUGAAUGCAACAACCAUGAACAACAUAAUUGGCAGCGGUAAAAAAAAACGUAAACGUAAUAAGAAACAGAAUCCACUACAACAACAGCAGCAGGCUGCUUUCGAUGCUCAUUUUGAAAAUUUGAAUACAAGUCAACAAAUGAUGGGAAACUUCGUUAACACAUCUUUACCACCACCUACAGUUCCUCCUCCUAUAUCUGCAGAUUUAUCGAAACCGCCUCCUCCAAUCAUGUCAUAUAAUAAUUUCAAUGUGAAUAGUGUUAAUAAACAGGGCGAAACAAAAUCACUUACUAACCAUGUCAGUUCUGUUGAAACACCGAAUAAGAAAUUAAAUCUAUUUAAUAAUCCAAAUGAUGCUUGGCCAGAGUCUUUAAACAGUUAUGUAGCUCGUUGCUAUGCUAAAUGCGCUACCGAUUUGGAUAAGGACCAAGUUGAUAUAUGUUUGAAAGGAAAAAUUAUGGCAGCUGCUAAUCGUAAUGAGCUUUGGACUCGCGAUUGGGACAAUGAGCCAGUACCGAGUGUUCAUAGCGAAAGAAACAAUAUCCAAAUGCAACUGUACAAUCAGAAAAAUAAGCAACAACAGUCACAGGAUCAAAUAAAAGACACACAAAAUUAUAAACAGCACCAUAAUCAAAGUUGCCAGAAACAAUCAACACAACAAAAGAAUUUAAAAGGUAUAUCACAUAGUUUAAACGCUCGACUAGGUCAACGGAACUCCUUUGGUGGCGACAAGAGGACAUCAAGGGAUUCUAGGAGUCGUUCACGCUCUCCACAAUCAAAUAAAUAUCGCAAGCGAAGUACUCGUUCACGUUCGUGUAGUCCCAUAUCAAGUCCGCGCCGAAAAAUCUGUCGCAGUUCUAGUUCGGAAUCUUCUGAUCGGCGAUCUUCCGAUAAUUUCAUUCCUUUUAAUCCCUCUAGUAAAAAGACACAAAAAGCUAAUACUUCGAAAAGAAGCAAACAUGUUAAAGGCGCCAAUUCUAAAUCUAAAUUACCCUUUUAUUCGUCUUCUAUCGGUGGGGCGGUUGAUGAUGAUACUACCCGUUUGCAACAGCGCGCAGCACGCUUUUCUCAAGGAUCGCAAAAGUCGGUUAUGUCGGUAGCAAGUUCCCCUUUCGUUGUUUCGAAGCAACAAAAACAAAAGAAAUUGGUAAAUAGUUUGGGCGGGCGUAUGUGUAUGGAUAUUGAAUCGACGGGUGGUUUUGAAACAGGUUUGGAUUUAUUCGAUUUACAUAUAGUAGGUACAUGUAGGGACUUGGAAAAGUCAUUUCUUCGACUAACCAAGGCGCCGUUACCAUCGGAAGUGCGGCCCAUUGAGGUGUUGGCGCAUUCGCUGCAAAAUGUGAAACAAAAAUGGAGGGACAAUCAGGAUUAUUAUUAUGCAUGUGAUCAACUUAAAUCUAUACGUCAAGAUUUGACAGUACAAGGUAUUCGUGAUAAGUUCACAGUAGAAGUAUAUGAAACACAUGCACGUAUUGCAAUGGAAAAAGGUGAUCAUGAAGAGUUCAAUCAAUGUCAGACACAAUUAAAAAUGCUUUAUACGGAAGUGGGAGCUAGUGUGAAUUCAUUGGAAUUUACAGCAUAUCGUAUAUUGUACUAUAUAUUUACAAAAAAUACCUUGGAUACAACCACUGUUCUACGCUCAAUAAAACAAACUCAGCGUGAUAAUCCAGCUAUUGCUCAUGCCCUAGCCUUUCGGUCGGCUUGGGCUCUGGGUAACUACUGCAAAUUGUUCCAACUUUACAAGGCCGCGCCUCUGAUGGCGGGACAUUUAAUUGACUGGUUUAUCGAUAGAGAACGCAAGUGCGCAUUACGAACUAUUAUUAAAGCUUACCGACCAUCUAUUGGCAUUGACUAUGUUUCAAAUUUACUUGCUUUUGGAAGUAAAGAAAAAUGCAAAGAGUGGUUAGAGACAUUCGGCAUGCCAAUGACUGGCACUGAAAGUGAUCAUAUUGAUUGCAAAGUAGCAGCAACAAUGAAUAUCUAAUUAAAAUACUGUAUUGGGUAAUAAGGAAAUUAUACCGUGGAGUGAUAUUUUGAGCGUUGGCGGAAAUUACAACAUUAUAUAGAGUGACUGUGGAAAAAAACAUUCUUUACGAUGAAACCAACCAUUUAGAGCUCAAGCACCCCGACAAAAAUUUAUCAGCUUGCGAAACACCUCAUUGGGUUCACUUCAUGAGAUAUAGUAGUAUUUUGUACGUCAGGUGUUUUAAAUUCACGCGGUACAAACUUUUUUAAACGUUUAAAAUUUACAAUGGUUAACGCUCGGUAAUUAUUGUGGGGAUUACAAAUUAUUUAAAAAGUGAGAGGGUAUUUCAAUCUAAAAUUUUACGCGCGAUCUUUCGAUACACAUCAAAUUAAGUGAACAAAGCUAAAAAAAACUUCAAAUAAAUUUAUAUAUCGCGUAAAGACUUUUUCGGUGUGUUGGAAACGGUAAGCAAUUUUCACACGAUAUAAAAAUUAAAAAAAAAAAUUCGGUUACCGCGUUUAAGAGAUUCUCCAUAUCCACGGAGCACAUAAAGUCAAUCAUAUAAAAGGAAAAGUAAAAAAUCAAAACCACGCUGAUKGGAUAAACAUCUCAUAAAGUCGAAGUAUAUAGUCAGCAACUGUUUCUUGUCGGCCAUGAUAUAUAUACUUUGGUACACGACCUGUCGCAAUGAAAAAAUUAUUUACUUUAUAUUGAAAUAAUGGUUUUUAAGUUAUACCAUUGAAACGAGGCUUAAAAGUUACGUUGUUAAAUUCUCGAUUCAGUACGUCAUCAAUAGGUUUAAAUAUUUUUUAAUUGAUGCAACUCUUUUGAAGUCAGAUAUACUACUUGUAGUUAUGUAUCUGUGAUUAUGCUUAUGAGAACAAUUUGAUUUGUUCCCUCAGCAGAUUUAUAAUACUAAACAAUUAUUUAAAAUAGGGCGCAAUGUUUAUUAUGUAUAGGCUUCACUAUCCAGAGGAUUAUUGUGAAUUUUAUCAUAUAAAUGUAAAUUUUCCUAAUGUUUUUUUUUUGUCUCUUCUACAAUUAUCGUUGAUUUUUUAUGAACUUUAUAAAAUUUAUUGCAAAAUUAAGUGCUUUCUAAGAUGAUGGAAUGUURAAGCCGCUGUUGGUUUAUCCUCGUGCUAUCUUCAACAUUUAGAAUUGGAUACCUCGAAAGUGAAAACGUAAACUAUACAAUUGUCUACUAUUUCGACCCACAUAACUACAACACGGAAAUGUCUCAACAGCAACGUCGCAUCAAACUUCACCUUCAAUUUUCAAUGCACAACCAGAAUGGAAAUUCGUUUAAGCAGCACGGCCAUCAUGCUAUCUUUAAUAAUAACGCGAUGAGUUCGCUGAUUUUAUUAAUUAUUACAUUUAAAGUACUUUUAAAUGUAUUAGGAAUUUUUAAAGGUUCUAGAUUUAAGUAUUUAUAUAUGUAUUCAUAACUGUUACUGAUUUCUGAUUGUUUUUUUGUUUGGCAUUUGAAAGCAGCUGCCAAAAAAGAUUGCUCUCGUCAUUUGCAUAUGGUUGACACACGUCUGCAUGAACAUACAAUAAAUUAGAAAYUUAAA